AGGAAGACAAGAGUCUCCAAUUCAUUUCUGCCAGAGGUCACAGAGUGCAGCUGCAUCGCCAAAUCCAAAAACCGGAGCACGGCGUUUACCGGCGACUCAUAGCCAGCGCCCAACCUCUUUCCACCUUUGCUGCAACAAACACGCGCAAUUUUCGAGAGAUAGCUGGUUCAGUGUGUGCAAGAAAAGCGUGACGUAUAAAAGCAUCAAGCGACAAUGGCCCCUCCCGCUGGCCUCCCAGCCAAGGUCGUCGUGGUGCCGCCAAGCCAGACCCUUUACAUCACCAACCUACCCUCGGCAAAGAUAAAGAAGGACGACCUCCGAACGGCUCUAUACAUGCUGUUCUCUACCUACGGCCCGGUUCUCGAUGUUGUCUCUCUCAAGACGUUUAAGAUGCGUGGCCAGGCGCACAUCGUGUACCGCGACGUUCAAACGGCGACCCAGGCAAUGCGAGCACUCAAUGGGUUCGAUUUCCUGGGCCGAGGGAUGGUACCACUCUCUUUUUAAAUCACUUGGCUACCUGGCUAUCUCUCCCUUGCUCUUGCUGAUCUGUCUGAUCUAGAAAAUCACAUAUGCGAAAUCUAGGUCGAACAUUAUCUCGAAACUCGACGGCUCAUUCAAGGCGCCUGCGGCUUCCGCUGCCGCCGUCGUCGAAAUCUCGGAUCUUAGGACUCAAGUGCCAUUGCC